AUGAAUCAAAAAUUAAAGGAAGGGUGCCAGCAGGUGAUAGCUGGAGGAUCUGCAGGUUUGGUUGAGGUUCUAUGCAUGUAUCCAUUGGAUGUGGUUAAAACACGAAUGCAAGUCAAUAAGGUUUACGGAUCAAUGUUGAGUUGUAUGCAGGCAACAUUGAAAAAUGAAGGGAUCGGUGGAUUCUACAAAGGAAUAUUUGCUCCGAUCAUGGCCGAAACCCCAAAAAGGUCAACCAAGUUCUUCUCGUUCGAACAAUACAAAACAUUCCUCCUCGUUACUGAUCUACCAGUUCCUCUAGUCAUGUCCACAGCUGGAUUAUUGUCCGGAUUCACAGAAGCGUUGAUAAUUUGUCCAUUCGAGGUUGUAAAAAUUCGUUUACAGUCCGAUUUAUUGACGAAACGGAGUGAGCAACGAUCUGUACCGUCAAUCGCAGCUCAAAUUAUUCGAAGUGAAGGUAUCGGAUGCAACGGAAUCUAUAGAGGAUUAACGGCAACGCUGAUGCGGCAUGGAAUAUGGAAUAUGAUUUACUUUGGACUCUACUACGGAUCAAUGGAUUAUUUGAUGCCGAAUGAAGAAAAUCCUAGUAUUGGAAUUAGGUUUUUGCUUGGAUUGAUAGCAGGAACACUCGCUUCAACAUGCAAUAUUCCUUGCGAUGUUGCGAAAAGCCGAAUACAAGGCCCGCAACCGGAUGCUAAUUCAAGGAAAUAUCAUUCUUUAAUACAGACCAUCCGAGUAGUCCGUAGAGAAGAAGGAUUCAAAACGUUAUAUCAUGGACUGUUGCCAAAAUGCCUUCGAUUGGGACCUGGAGGAGCUAUUAUAACUCAAUUUCCAAUCAGAGAAGAAUACUUGAGUCAAGUGAAAAAAUUGUAUGAUUCUGGAGCCGAAAGUGUUGAUUUUAAUCAGAAAGACGAAACUGCUGAGAAGAUUAAUAGCUUCGUUCAGAAUACCACGAAUAACGAGAUCGAUUCGAUUAUUGAACCAUCCGAUAUCAGCACGGAUAUUAUUGCGCUUCUUGUCAAUGCUCUGUACUUCAAAGCAGAUUGGGACAAACAGUUCAAGUCUCAAAAUAAUUGGGAAUCUGAGUUUUAUAAUAGCCCGACCACGUCUAGAAAGGUUGUUUAUCUGAAAGAGAAAAAUACUAGAUGUGGGUAUAUUGAAGACCAAUCGUGGAAAGUUCUCAAAUUGAAUUAUAUCGACAAAUCAUUCGCUUUUCACGUUUUUCUACCAGCUAUCCGAUUUGGUUUGAGCGAAAAUUUGAAAUCAUUAAAUGCUUCGACGUUUCAACAUCUACUAAUUAACAAUGUUCAAUCGGAUUUGGAUAUCUACAUUCCAAAAAUGAAAAUUGAAAGUGAAAUAGCGCUUGAGAAGACAUUUCGAAAAAUGGGAAUCGAGAGAAUUUUCACUGAAAACUCUGAUUUGAGCAAUCUGUCGAAAUCUGCAACAAUUUCGAAAAUAGUUCAUAAAACAAAGAUUCAGGUUGACGAAAAAGGAACAACAGCGUCUGCUGCAACAUCCGUGAAAAUAGUGAAGAAGACACGAAUUUUUGAUCCGAAAGUUGUCGAAUUCAAAGCCGAUCACCCAUUUCUUUUCAUCGUUUCCAAAAACGGAUUACCUUUAUUUAUUGGAGUAGAUUGGAAGCAACUCGAAUGCAGCACCCAGUUGGCGAUUUCUCUUCUCCGCCAUCUUGAUUUACAUGAAUUUAGCGUGAUCUCUCCAUUGUCCAUUUCCUUUGCACUCGCAAUGGUUCAUUCGAUGGCAAAUGGAGAAACCAAGAAUCAAAUUCAUCAAGUUCUUGCAAAAGGGCUAUCUGAUGGCGAAAUUCAAAAUGAGUUUCUUGCUCUUUCAAUUUAUUUAAAAGAAUCGGAGAAAUGCCAAGGUUUGAAGCUCAGAUAUGCAGAUAAAAGAUUUGCAUUUCACGUAUUGCUACCCGUCACACGAUUCGGAUUGAAGGAAGCUCUUGAGAAAUUGGACGAAGCUCAACUUCUUCAUACAUUCACAAAUAAUGAACAGUGUGCCGUGAAUAUAAAAAUACCAAAAAUGGACAUUGAAAGUGAUUAUAAUCUUCAGAAAACAUUGGAAAAUCUUGGAAUCGAAAAUAUUUUCAAAAAACAUUGCGAUUUGUCCAAUUUGGCGAAUGGUCUUUAUAUUUCAAAAAUAUCUCAUAAGGCAAAAAUCAGAAUUGAAAAAGAAGGUACUGUUGCUUCUGCUUGCACCUCAUUCGAGAUUGCCAGAAAGCGUCGGAAGACGGAUUCCGUCGUUCACUUCACAGCCGAUCAUCCAUUUGUUUAUUUUCUAACCAAAGAUCACCACAUUCUAUUUUUAGGGAUUUAUUCUUAA